GCUCGCGCCGCCGGUGUCGACAUAAGCAGACACCGAGCUACGAUUCGAAUGAGAUCGAACCGUGUGGAGUCGGAUCAAUCACGGUAGAAACCCUCGCAAACGAUGGAUGUGCAAAUCGCCAACAACACAGAACAUCCUGCGGCAGAGCCCUCGAAAUACAGAACCCCUAAAAGAAGGGCUUCUUCGGCCAAAAUCAUAACAGCUCGACAGGAGGGUGUUCUCAUCAAUAGAGACUUGAAAGACAAACUGAUAAAGCAAGCCAGAGCCGAGAGCGAAAAGUCGUUUCGAGAAUUAUGUUCCCUGUUCGACAAGAGCUUAGAGUUUUCAACGCAAGUCGCGAAAACUCUGACAGCAAAACGUGCCGCUUCUUUCAACGCAGACGAGCUCGAAGUAGACGAUUCACUCUUUACUGGAGGAGUUCUUAGAGACUACCAGAGAGAAGGGCUGGCUUGGAUGGUGAAGCUCAGGAAGCAGGCUCUCAACGGGAUAUUGGCCGACGAGAUGGGUCUAGGGAAAACGGCGCAAUCGAUCGCGAUGAUAUGCCACCUGGUGGCGACUGGUGCUACGGGUCCAUUCCUGGUGCUUGGCCCGCUGUCCACCAUCAGGAACUGGAAGAAGGAGUUUGAACGAUUCAGCCCUUCGCUGCCAGUAGUUGUGUUACACGGUCCCGCUCCGACACGGCGGAAAAUUCUCAGCGAAAUCGGCGUGAAGCAUGCCCUCAGUGACGGUUCCUCGAGAUCCAUAUUCCCCGUUGUGAUAUCCCCAUAUCACUCUUUCAAAGACCACAUAACCAGGCUGGUACGAUUUAAAUGGGCCUACGUCGUCAUCGACGAAGCAUCUGUGAUCAAGAACCAUGAGAGUACCCUCCAUCAGUGCGUGGCCUCGUUGUACGUGACCGGCAAAUUGCUCUUGACCGGCACACCGCUCCAGAACACCAUAAGGGAGCUCUUCAACCUCUUACACUUCCUCUUGCCGAACAUAUUCCACGACUACCGUCUGUUCGAGGGCUGGCUCGAGGAGCUCGACGCCCAUCGGGAAGAGGGAAGUUUCGGGGACGGCGACAGCCGUCAACUUGUGAGCACGAUGCAUACUAUCCUGGCACCUUUCUUCCUACGUCGCACCAAAGAAUCGGUGAAGAUUGACUUGCCGCCCAAGAAGCACAUCAUCGUCUAUUGUCCCUUGACGAAAUUGCAACAAAGUAUCUACAAGGCCAUCAUCUACGCAAAAGAAGAAUCCAACGUGGAAAAGAUCGAAGCGAUCCCGCAAAACACGCCCAGAGCGAUGCGAGCUUCUCGUCGAUCCAGCAUGUACGCUUGUGAUCCAUUGGAGAGCAGACGUCGCUCCCCCCAAAUCGAAGUUGUCACCCCUGCCAAGAGGAGACGCUGGCUGUCGAGUUUGGAUUCCGAGAGCAGCUUGUUCUCGGAGGCUGGGAACUCGAACGAUUCUCUCCCGAAUCUCGCGUCUCCAAUGGACGAGGACACGAAGGAAGAAAUCCGUUUGCUCGAAUCGGGCAUGGUCAAAUUCAGUAGCGCGAAAAUGAAUAAUAUAUUGAUCGCCCUGAGGCAGACGGUCGCGCAUCCGUGGCUGGUACAUCUCGACAAAACCUGGGGUGGCUACUUCCCGAGGAACAGGGAGCAGCUACUUGAAAAAUCUGGAAAGAUGCAAGUGUUCGAUAUCUUGCUCCGACAGCUCAUCGAGAACGGUCACAAGACCUUGGUUUUCUCGGGCUUCACUACCGUUCUCGAUCUCAUCAGUCUCUACCUCGAUCUGAGCCAAAUCGAGCAUUUCUAUCUGAGCGGUAGCACGAAAGUCGACCAACGUCAGGAGUUCAUCGAUGCAUUCAACGAAGCCGACUCCGUGUUCCUGAUCUCCACUCGAGCCGGAGGUAUGGGGAUAAAUCUCACCGGGGCGGAUACGGUGAUAUUCUUCGACACCGACUGGAACCCUCAGAUGGAUCUCCAAGCGGCCGAUCGGUGUCAUCGUAUCGGACAGAAUCAAAGAGUUGUGAUAUACCGACUCAUCGGCAAAGGAACUGUGGACGAAAGGAUUCUCGAUGUGGCAACCGACAAAAGGCGCCUCGAAAAACUUGUGAUGAAGUGCGGCAAAUUCGAAAAAGUGUCGACGCUCAAAGAUCUCAGCCAAGGCGACCUUCUACAAGUGCUGAAAAGCGUAGAUUGGGACGCCGCCCUCGACGGAGAUCUAUUCGAUCCCUCUCGGAUCGUAGCUCUGGCCGAUCGCGAUCUAGUUUUCAAAAACGCAGCGAGCCAUAUUGAGGGUUAAGGCGACCCCAUUCCGUCCUGGUAAUUGGAAGUGGUCACCAGUUAUCGAGAUGCGAAGUACCUGUCGAUAUACCGCUUCAAUCCUUUUCAUCAUGAGAUUGGGGAAAAUACGCACACGUGAUGCGUUCUGGUGUUGGCGAUGCGUAUGAAAGUGAAAGAGAGUAUUCCCGAGCGGGAGCUUCCGGGAGAGAUAUACAUCGAGGUGGCGUUUCAUUUCAACCGAUUUGACGAGACUUCCUCCAUUGAAAAUGACACAUGUCAAAUGACAUCACAUAAUUUUAUCACUGACAAUGAGAGAGGAGAAUUUCUUUCCGAGUUAUCCCGAAUCGAGACUACUGGGAAUGAGGAAUAAAGAGUUG